UGCAUUUUGGAAAUAAAAAUUUCAGGAACCAAGUUAGAGGGGUUUGUGAAUGCCAAACUACCUGGGUGGAAAUGGUCUUCUAAUUUUGAUAAUAUUUCUGGAGGCCGUAUGGUUAUUUUGUGGAAUCCAUCCUUUUUUGCUUGCAAUGUUUUGAGGUUGGGAGAAUAGUACAUCCAUUGUGAGAUCCAGUGCCUCACAUCACAAAAGGAUUUUUGCUUUUCUUUUGUUUAUGGGCUGUACACAGUCCCUAAGAGGAGAGAACUCUGGGCUGAGCUUACUUCACUUGCUGGAAACAUGGUCAAACCUUGGGCCAUUUUGGGAGACUUUAAUUGUGUCUUGGCUUCUAAUGAGAGGACCAACUGUAUGAGCUAGGGUGUGUACUAUAUGAAUGAUUUACUCCUCUUCAGAAGCUCCAACUGCCUUGAGGAUGCACCUUCCAGAGGGAAUUUCUUCGCUUGGCACAAAGGGAAAAAACUGGCUAAGCUGGACAGAGUGCUCAUCAAUCAGGGCUGGGAUGACGUUGACCUAGCUCCUAAUUGUGAUUUUUUUGACUUCAACUUCUUCUCUGACCAUUGCCCUAUGCUCUUCCAAUGUGGUAGCCAAAUUUCCAUAAGAAGCAAACCUUUUCGUUUCUUUAACAUGUGGCUCAAGCAUGAUACCUUCCAUGAAUUGGUACUCCGGUCUUAGAAACCUGGGAUCAUUGGCUCCAAACAGUUCUCCCUGUGUUCUAAACUUAAGCGUUUGAAACCACCUUUGAAAGUACUCAACAAACAUGUUUUUGGCCAUAUUUCUAGAAGGGCCUUGGAGGCCAAAGAAGAAUACAACUUGGUGAUGAAGGAGGUGGUGGCAGAUCCUAACAACCAAACCCUCCUUGAGGAUGCUGAAAUCAAAAGAAAGCGUGCCAACUUCCUUCUUGAUGCUGAGCUUGAAUUUUACCAACAGAAAGCCAAGUGUGACUUUCUUUUGAAGUCUGACAGGUGCACUAGUUAUUUUCAUUCCUUGGUCAAGAAGAAUAGGAAUUGAAGAAGACUGUUGUGGCCUUUUUUAUUAAAGAGGAUGGUACUAAAACCACCUCUAAUGAACAGGUGGUCAAGUGUUUCCUGGAUUUCUACACUAAUUUGUUUGGGAACACCACCAAGGUGGAGGCCAUUUGUAUUAAUUAUCUGGCUGCUGGACCUACUGUCCCCAUUUCUGCCCACAGUACUUUGCUUGCCAGCGAGAGUCUUGAGGAGGUGAGGGAGGUGGUCUUUAAUAUUGGGAAUGAUAAGGCACCUGGUCCUGAUGGGUAUACUGCUGCAUUUUUCAAAAACCAAUGGCCUACUGUUGGGAAGGAUGUUUAUGAUGCUGUUUUAGGAUUCUUUACCUCUGGGAAGCUGCUGAAACAAAUUAAUCAUGCUAUGAUUGUUUUAUUACCCAAAUCUGCCCAUAAUCCAUCUGUAAAGGACUUUAGACCUAUUGCAUACCUAAAUGUCCUUUACAAAAUUAUUACCAAAAUCCUUGCAAGGCGUAUGGCACCUCUACUGUCUGCCCUAAUUGAUCCAGCCCAAGGGGCUUUUGUCAAAGGGAGGUCACUUGUGGACAACUUGCUCUUGGCUCAACACCUAAUCAGGGAUUAUGCUAUUAAAAGGUCUACCCCUAGUUGCAUGAUCAAAUUGGACAUCACUAAGGCCUAUGAUACAGUCUCUUGGAGCUUCCUCCGGGACGUCAUGGUUGGUCUAGGUUUCCCAACCAGGUUUGUUGGCCUUAUCAUGGAGUGUGUUUCAUCUGCUUCCUCAUCCCUUAUGAUUAAUGGAAACUGCCACGGCUUUUUCAACAGCAAGCGUGGUUUGAGACAGGGGGAUCCCAUGGCACCAACCCUCUUUCUUUUUUGUAUUGAAUAUUUGUCUAGGGUACUCAAUACUAAAGCUAGAGAGGGUGUGUUUAAUUAUCACAAGGACUGUGUGGAGUUGGGGAUUACACACUUGGCUUUUGCUUAUGAUCUUAUGUUGUUUUCUCGGGGUAAUUUCCAUUCUGUUCAAAUUCUUAUGGAUGCACUUAGCCACUUCUCCAGUGUGUCAGGUUUGAAUCUUAAUCCAACUAAAGCUAAUAUCUUCAUUGCUGGUAAGUAUAGGGAAAUCAGCCAGAAUAUUCUAGAUUUGGCAUCUUUCCCUCGUGGGCAUCUCCCUGUUAGAUAUUUGGGACUUCCCUUGGCCUCUCAGAGGAUUUCUGAAGCUGAUUAUGCCCCCUUGUUCAAAUCUGUGGAUGGUUUCCUUUCCAAGUGGGCAACCUUGAAGCUUUCUUAUGCUGGGAAACUGGAAUUGAUUAGGGCUGUGAUUCAGGGGGUGCAGUCCUUUUGGCUACAGGCCUUCCCAGUCCAAAAGUACGUUCUGGAUCGCAUUACAUCUUUAUGCCGUAACUUCCUUUGGGGGAGUAAAUUUGCUAAAGUGGCUUGGGCUGAUGUUUGCAAACCCAAAACAGAGGGGGGGCUGGGCCUUAGAGAUGCCGGGAACUGGAAUAAUGCUCUGUUAUGCAAGCUCCUUUGGAAUCUGGCAGCAAAGAAAGAUUCUCUUUGGGUCAAGUGGGUCCAUUGUGUUUAUCUUAAACAGGAAGAUAUUUGGCAGUGGCAACCCAAGAAGAGGCAUACUGUCUUCUUCAAAAGGUUAGCCUAUGUGUGCGGGCUUUUGACCCAAAAGCUUGGUGAUCAUAUUCCCUCUUUGGAAGUGGCUAUGCAAACUCUUUGUAUGGGAGGGAACCUUGUUCCGAGUAAGGUUUAUGAUUUGUUUAGGGUUAAGGCUAAUCUCAAGCCGUGGAUGUCCUUUAUCUGGCAUUCAACUAUUCCCCCAAAGUGCUCCUUUACGAUGUGGCUUGCACUUAGGAGGAGGUUGCCCACUAAAGCUAACUUGGAAUUCUUGGGUUUACCCUUGGACUGUACUCUGUGUGGUCAAGGCCUGGAGGAUGUGGAUCAUCUGUUUUUUCAAUGCUCUUUUUCAAGGCGGGUUUGGGGAGUUAUUAAGUUAUGGCUUGGAAUAGAGGGACAGUUGGGGUCACUGGACAGGGCUAUCAGAUGGCUGAGAACCUUUCGUAGAGCUGGUGCGCUUUUGAAGAAGAUGAGGAAAGUGGCUUUGGCAUGUACGGUAUUCCACCUUUGGAAACAACGUAAUGCAACUUGUUUUGAACAUGAACCUCUACGGGUUGAGGUUGUGAUUUGUAAAAUCAAAGUCAUGGUCUACUCUAUCAUGGGAAGACUGUGGCCUUUGUACUCCUUUCCAUCUUGAUUUUUAUGUUUGUUGUGCUUUGUUGUUACUUGGGCCUGCGUGCUGAUGUUUGUCAAUAGCUUGGUUUAUCGUUAGUUGGUGUCUAUAUGUGUAUUUUGGCCUGUGUGCUGUGGUUUCGGAUGUGCUGUCUUGGUUGUAUAACAAAUUGGUGUUGUAGCCAAUUUGCUCUAUGAUUUUGGCAUUUCGCCUUUUUUGAGCUCGGGUAUGCCCGUUCCAUUUGUAUAUUCCUAUUCUCAUUCUAUUUACAUUUUUAUCUAAAAAAAGAGGCAUAUUAAAUUAAGUUUGGAUUU